AUGAGUAGGGAGCGUAAACGAGGUAGCCCAACGCCGUCACAGGACGAGACGCAGCCGGGGACAAGUGCGAGCGGCAGUAGGGGGACGUUGACCGGAACACAGGGCCUGCAGACGACGUCAAACGAUGAGGAACGGAACGUGGAUCAAAAUAUUUCCAAUGGGGCGAAUGGGGAGCGGCAGGACGUCCCAGAUGCGGGUGAGUCAGGCCACAGGGUACCACAGAAUGUCGUGGCACAACCCACAGCGCCUCCGCCAUGGAGGGAGCGAAACCGGAGUCGGAGUCGGAGUCCGACAAAAGCCAGAGCCUCCAUGGACUUAACCCAUCAGCAGUCCAAAGCGAUGGAGCGGAGGGAUAUCGAGUCCAAGAGUAAGCCGUCUAAGCGGUGGAUACGGGUGCCCCAAAUCUUUGUCAAAUCAGAUUCCCAUGAAGCGCCCCGCCUGGUGGACACCGGAGUGAGCACCGCCGAUUCGCAGCGCGUGCCGACGGCUCCGUCUGUCGUCGAACCCAUCUCCGAGCUACCCUACGUGGAACCAGUGUACAUCCUUGUGCAAGCGGAGAGGCCAACGCCGCCUCGCCUGGUGGACACGGCGGUUGGCACCGAUAAGGGCCGUGCUCACAGCACUCCUUCUGUUCGAAGGCCCAAGCCGUCUUCCCAGGCCAACGAUCGCGUGAAGUCCGAGGAGGCUCUCGUGGAAGAGAGCGACAUCGAGUCCACCAGCACCACUACCAGCCGUGAGCCGGAGCCGUACGACCUUGAGGACCACGAGAUCCUGAUCACCAAGACGGCGAAGAUCUUCAAGAAGAGACCCAACAAGGCACUGCCGGAGGAUGAUUCGGAGGAGUCGCUCUAUGUCCGUAGCACGGAACGCAUGCCGCCGGACAAUCGCAUAUCGUUCGCCUCGCGACGCCUCGAGGAGAUGGAGUCAGAUGUCCCACAGUCGAUCGACAACAUGAUGGUCGGGCAGUUCACGGACCUGACCGAUUCUUCCACCAGCAGUUUCUCCAAACGGAAGCGGAAGGAGAGCCUGGGCCUGGCAGCCGGCACCUUGCACGCGGGGUAUGUGUUUAUCUACAUGGUGAUCCCGCCCGACGGUGGCUACGGCUGGGUCGUGCUCGUCCUCAGCUUCCUGGCCCAGCUGAUCGUCGACGGGAUUGUGUUCUCCAUCGGCAUCCUGCUGCCCUUCAUGGCCAAGGAAUUCGGGGCCGACAAUUCGCGCAUUGUGCUCGUGGCCAGCAUCCAGAUCGGGUGCUAUUUCCUGGGCGGCGCCUUCUCCAGCGCCCUGAUCAACAGCUACGGCUUCCGGCCGGUGGCCAUGGCCGGAGCAGUGAUCUCAGCCAUGUCCAUACUGGCGGCAAGCUUCAGCACGGGCCUGACUAUGUUGAUCAUGUUCUAUAGCGUCAUUGGUGGUCCGUCCUUGAGCAUGAUAUGGGUCAGCUCGCAGCUCAUCAUCGGCUACUACUUCGAGCGGUAUCGGGCGCUGGCCAGCGGCUUCUCCUGCUCCGGCGCUGGAGCCGGCAUCGUGGUCUUCUCGUUCCUCAACAGCUGGCUGGUCCCGUGGAUCGGCUGGCGGAACGUGCUCCGGGUGCACGUGUCCGUGAUCAUUAUCAUAUGUGUGAUUGCCUGCGCCUACGUCGAGGUGGCGCCCACGCAGGUGGGCGUGUUCAACAAGCCGAUGGGCCAGAUGGACUCCAGCUCCGAGGAGUACUACGGCAACUUCUAUGUGCACAACUUUAUGCGCGAUUCCGUCUCGAGAAUGGACACCCAGACCAUCCUGGAGCAGUACGAGCUGGAGCCGAAGCGAACGCCAUUCUUUCGACGCAUCUCGCCCUGCUGCACGAGGACGCAGGAGGAGGAGGACGAAAAGGAGCGCCCCAUUGAUGAGGAUCGCAACCUAGUGAUCCGCACCGAUCCGAUUCUGCGCGAGGAUCUCUUCUACACGGGUCCCGUCGACUACGAGAAGCCCCACAGCACGGAGCAGCUCGAGGGCAAGGAGAUGCAGCUACUGGGUUCGGCCAAGCAUACCCAGAAGGCCACCUACGGCAUAGCCCAUAUCCAGGGCUACACCAGCGACGAAAAGAAGAAGUACCCGAACAGUUCUGGACUGGAGUCGCCGGUUCCUUAUGAGGAACGACCUGGUCAAUCGAUCAGUCGCAUUCGCAUGCAAAGGAGACCGCCGAUCAACAAGCGCCACUGGCUGCAGAACAAGAUCGUGAAGGCCCUCAACAAGCUCUUCGACUACCACCUGCUGGAGUCGUUCGAGUUCCGGGUGCUGGUGGCGUCGGCCUUCUUCUACCCGAUGGGCUUCAACAUCCCCUUUGUCUACUCCAAGGCCCGCUCGGAGGUUCCCGCAGAGUAUAGCAACCUGAUUGCGCCAGCGAUCGGGAUCACGAACUUUGCGAUGCGCAUCACUUGCGGCUUCGUGGCCUACAAGCUGCGCGCCUGGACUACCUACAUCUGUGGCGGAGGCAUGUUCUUUGGGGGCUUCUUCGUGUUCCUCAGCGCCUUCUGUGGCUCCGAUGUUGUCUGGUUCCAGUUGGUGUACGGCUUUUGUUAUGGCUUGGCGCCAGCUGUAUACGCCACACUGCGGGCCCUCAUCUAUGUGCGGUACCUGGGACUUUCAAAGCUGACUAAUGCCUUCGGUAUUACAGCUCUGGCCAUGGGCAUGGGCGUCUUCAUUGGCACCACUCUGGGUGGCAUUCUGGUGGAGGCUACCCAAGAUUACUCGGCUGCAUUCGCCAUGGCCGGCUUCUGCAUCAUGCUGGCCGGCAGCCUGAAGCUCCUUCUGCCCACUAUGGUGAGGCUGCACAAUCGGAUGCCAUCUGCUCAUUUUUAAUAGUUCCCGAGGACUUUUUUAUAGAGGAGUGAUGGUCAAAAGAAUAAAAGCCACAACACUUCAACACUACUCUUACGGGUGAAGAUGGUCACUGGAGAUACAGAAGAGUCUAUAGACUGUUGAGACAGCUCCUAUGUCUCGUGAGCAAUGGGUUUGAAAAUGAUCACAGAACGGAAUAAACGUAAUAGCUGUCAAGACGG